UCAUAACGUUUGUUUCUACGUUGUCUUAAUUGGACAUUAUCCAGACUCCGACUUAAAAUGUUCGCAGUAGUGAUGAACGUAUGGAAGGGGCUCACCCCCUGCCUCAUGGUGGUAUGCGGCUUUAUAGUUGUUUCUGACGGCGUCCCCGUAAACAAUGAGGAAACUACUGACAAUCUACAAACUAGGAGAUGGCUCACAAAGUACGGCUAUGUCGCACAAGAGAACCCAUCAGAAACAGACCCGGGACGUUUGAUAAACGGAACAGAAAAUUUGUCCCCACCGGUGGAUUUCAACCUGACCGCCGCCAUUGUGAAAAUGCAGAGGAAUUAUGGGAUACCUAUCACCGGAAAAGUCGACAACGUCACGAGAAAAAUAAUGCAUACACCAAGAUGUUCCGUUAAGGACCCGAUGGACUGGCUUUCUGUGGAUGUUGCGCCCUAUGUUCUCUCAGGGACGAAGUGGCACAAAUUCCAAAUAACGUACAAGAUAACUGAGUACACCCCUCGGCUGAGCCAAUCAGAAGUGCGCAGAAUCAUGCACGACGCCUUCCAAAUAUGGAGUGACUACACGCCGCUGGACUUUACGGAAGUGACGUCAGGAAAUGCGGAUAUGCUCAUCGCGUUCCCGCGCUGGGACCACGGGGACGGCACGCCGUUUGACGGGCGCUGGGACCCGGAUCGCGGCACAGGUCUUGGUCUUGCGCAUGCGUUCAUGCCUCCCCGCUCAGAGCGCAUCGCAAAGAAGUAUGGGAUUGAUGGCGACACCCACUUUGACGGAGACGAGCAAUGGACGACGGGAACGCAUCGUGGCGUUGACCUUCUCCAGGUCGCCACGCACGAGUUCGGCCACGCCCUUGGCCUCGGCCACACCCUGGUUCCGGGAACCAUCAUGUACCCUGCCUACAUGUACAAAGACAAGUACUGCAUCCACCCGGACGACUUACAGGGAAUUCAAGCUAUGUAUGGUUCAAGGAAAAGCAAGAAUCCCUUGAUACCCGUCUGCUCACUGUUGCCGGAGAAAUGCCAUGACUCAGAGUAUGAUGCUGUGUUACAGUUCCGAGGAGACACCUAUUUUAUUCAGGGAAUACAGUAUUUCCGAAGACAGAGCCACAAAGUAGACGGUCCUAUUCUUCUUACAAAAAUGUGGACUGCCCUACCUGACAAGGUCGACGCUGGGUACGAGAGGAAAGAUGGCUACGUGUUCUUCUUCGGAGGAUCCAAAUACUGGAAAUACAACGGUCGCCAACUGGAACCGGGAUACCCGAGGUACAUCUCUACAGACUUCGGGUUGCCUAGCGACUUGGAUGCUGCGUUGCCUUGGCAACCGACCGGGAAAACAUACUUUUUCAAGUGCACAUGUUGUCGUUAUACCUUUCCACAGGGUGAAAGGUACUGGCGUUACGACGAGGAGCUGGGCCGGAUAGACGACGGUUAUCCCCGCCCCAUCUCCGUGUGGAAGGGCGUGCCCAACAAUGUUGACGCGGCAACACAGUACAUUGAUGAUGACAGCGUUUAUUUCUUCAAAGGACGGCGUUACUACAAGUACAGUGAGAAAGCGCUCCUGGUGCUUCCUGGGUACCCAAAAUACACCGCGGAACAUUGGAUGGACUGUCCGCCACAGUCCCCGGAUGAAGAUGAUGACGACAUCUACAUUCCGCUCCAGCCUCAGCCAACCCGACUGUAUUAUCGGUCGGCAAGUUCGCACUCUUUACCAUUAGGGUCUCUCAUGUCUAUUUGCUUAAUUGUGUUUCUCAGCAUCUGUAUCUUUCAAAUAACAUUAGAAUAGUGCCUCAUAUAGAUUAUAGUCAUAAAUAUAAAAUAAAGCUGUACACAGUAUAACUUAUAGGCA